AUGGCAAAAAAUAAGACCAAAACUAGCGUGCUCUUCCUCGCGAAUAGCGAGCAUGGCCAGACCAACAUCGUUCUUGCAAUUAUCCACGAGCUCCUCGUACGUGGCGGGAUAGACAUCCACCUCGCCUCGUUCCCUGUCCUCGAGAAGAGGCUGAACAAGCUCCUCCACGACAACGAGACCGCGUACGAUGCUGAGUACAGCACGCGCAUCCACUUCCACCCCGUGCGAGGACCGUCCAAUACGGAGAUCUUCAUCCGCACGGGGAAGCGCGGUGCCUUCCAUCCUCCGGGUUAUACCGGCUCCGUCCUCGGGUUCAAGUCACUGUGCGAAGAUAUCUGGGGCUGGACGGAGGAGGAGUACGUCGACAUCUAUGAGAGCUGCGUUGAGAUCAUCAACGCUAUCAAGCCGUCUCUAUGCGCGAUCGAUUUCUUCUUCCUCCAAGGCCGCGAUGCCGCCUAUAAUGCGGGACAGACGACAGUCCUGCUCAACACUACGUCCCUGAGCCAUAUCGUGCUGGGUCUGCAGAAAAAUGCCAAGUGGGCAUGGAAAUAUCCUAUGCCCGGAACAGGGUUCCCGUACCCCCUGCCGCCACAUCUUAUCCCCCUCAACACGAUGGCCGUCCUGAAGACGGCGAAGAUGUACCAUGGCAGCGGCCGUCGCCGCGAAAUUCGCGACUGGCGCAUCAAGCACAAGAUCCAUGGACGGUUCCCCUUCGCUGACUCUUGGAUGCCAAACCGGCUGCAUCUCUCACCCGCCCUGAAAGAGCUGGACUGGCCGUUUGACGUGCCCGACAAUGUUGUUCCCUGCGGCCCAAUCCUGCUCCCCGUGGCGCCUGUCAAGACGCAGGAUCCCGAGAUGUUCGCCUGGCUGCACCGGGGCCCGACUGUCUUGAUCAAUCUCGGAACCCUCUACGCACCGAACCCCAGCGUCGUCCUGGAGAUCGCCACUGGCGUCAAAACGUUCCUGGCUUCUUGCUCUGAUCGGAAGAUCCAAGUGCUCUGGAAACUGCCCAAGCACCCCCAUGACCAGGAGGAGAUCUACACGCAGUCGGUCACCCCGCUACAGAAAGAGAUGGAGGCCGACCAAGUACGGAUCCGCUCCUGGUUCGAGGUCGAGCCGCUCGCCAUGCUCCAGACAGGCCAGAUUGUCUGUUCGGUGCACCAUGGGGGGGCGAAUUCGUGGUAUGAAGCUAUACAAAAUGGCGUCCCCCACGUCGUCCUUCCCGCUUGGCAAGACUGCUACGAGAACGCCGCGCGCGCGGAGUGGCUUGGGAUUGGCGCCUACGGGAACAAGAGUCGUGCCCCUGAUAUCGGCGGCAAAGAGCUCAGCAAGGCCUUGAUCAAGGUCCUAGGGAAUAAAUCGUACCUGGAGAAAGCGUCGAAGCUGCAGAAGCUGUGUCAGAAGAAGGAGGGCCGUCUAGAGGCAGCGGACCGUAUUGCCGACCUUGCUGCACGGCCCGAUAAGAGCAUGAUUGCCGUCCCUGAAGUCGAUGAAAACGAUCCCCGAGUUGUGACGGUGACAAAUGGCAAGGGAGAGACGCUGCAGACUGUCAAUUCAGUGGACGAAGGCGCAGUCAACAAGUCUAUACUACGACGCCUCCUCGAAAUUAUAACCGUUGCUUUCAUUUCAAACACUUGGUUCCUCCUUCCGCUCCUGGGCUACUCUCUGCUGCUCGUCCCCCACAACGGGUUCCGCAUUCUCGUCCUCUCUUACAUCCUGCACAUCAAGUUCUUCUCCAACGCGCACAAAACCAGCGCCCCCAAGCCGAGCAAGUGGCUUCGCUCCUCCCUGAUGUGGAAACUGCAUGCAUCGUACUUCCCCAUAAGACUCUACCGAAGUGCCUCCCUUUCCCCGCGUCGCAAAUACGUGAUCGGCGCGCACCCGCACGGGAUCGCCUGCCACGGGAUCGCAGGCGCAUUCACGGCGGAUGCAACAGGGUUCGAGACACUUUUUCCUGGAAUCGUCAACCGGUUCCUGGUGAAGGAUGGGAUGUUCACCGCGCCUCUUCUGCGGGAGUACCUCUUUGCGCGGGGGCAGAGCGGUGUCUCGAAGGAUUCCUGCAUCCAGCAUCUCACGCGCGGAGGUUAUGAUCUUCGGGGGAUGGGCAAGGCAAUCACUAUCAGCGUGGGCGGGAGUCGCGAGUACAAUAUCGCACGCCCGGGGACGAUGGGCAUUGUGGUCAAGCUGAGGAAGGGAUUCAUCCGCCUUGCUGUCGAGACGGGGGCGGAUCUCGUCCCGGUGCUUGUGUUCGGGGAGAACGACCUCUUUGCGCCCAUUCAGUUCUCUCGGUAUUCGAUCAAGGGCCUCAUCGCUUGGGCGUGGGAGAAAGCUGCUGGUCACAAGGUUGCCUUCUCGCUGGGACGGUUCUGCAUGUUCAUCCCUUUCCGACGGCCGCUGCAUGUAGUCGUCGGCAGACCCAUCAGUGUCAAGCAGCAGCGGUUUGAUGUCAGCGAGAAGUAUGUCGAGGAGUUGCAGGGCCAGUAUAUUGAUGAGCUGAAUCGGAUCUGGGCGGACUGGAGGAAUGUGUUUGAGGAGGAUGCGAGCGUGAAGUUCGAGAUUGUUGAGUAG